UUUUCAUUCAUUUCACUGACUUGAAGAACCUAUACGCCUGCAUCUCAAGCAGACGACCUAACAAUUCCAAUCUGCCGAGAGAGAAGAAGACUGUCUCAAUCUUCCCCUGAGCGGGAAGCAUCAGCACAGCCCUCGACAUGGACAACACAACAGAACUGGCCCUGACCCCUGUCAAUAACAACUUCACCAACAGCAACUGUUCCCGUGACAACGUGCUGAAGACGGUGGUGUUUCCUGUUCUCUACUCCCUCCUCUUCCUGUUGGGCCUGUCGCUCAACGGCCUGGCAGUGUGGGUGUUCUUCAGCAUCCCCAGCCGCUCCCACUUCAUCAUCUACCUCAAGAACAUUGUGGUGGCCGACGUCCUCAUGACCCUCACCUUCCCCUUCAAGGUGCUGUCUGACUCCAACAUGGCAUCAGUGGGUCUGCGUGUCUUUGUCUGCCGUGUCUCCUCUGUGCUCUUCUAUCUCACCAUGUACAUCAGCAUCCUCUUCUUCGGCCUCAUCAGCAUCGACCGCUGCAGGAAGACCCUCCAGCCCUUCAAGGUGACCAACAUGGCCCGUCUGACCCACAGAAAGCUGCUCUCUGUGGCUAUCUGGGCCUCCCUGCUGACCCUCUCCCUGCCCAACAUGAUCCUGACCAGCCACAGCCCCACCUCGGCCUACUUCAAGUGCAGCGUUCUUAAAACGGAGGCUGGGCUGCUCUGGCAUGAGGUGGUCAACUAUGUGUGCCAGAUAAUCUUCUGGGGGAACUUGGUGACAGUGAUAGUGUGUUACACACUCAUCACCAAAGAACUGUACAGUUCAUACGCCCGCACCAGGGCAUGCCGUUCUACUGGAGCCAUACACAACCCUGGUACUGGCAGGGGUAAUGUUGAAGGACAGCGCCAGCCCCGGAGGAAGAGUGUAAGUUCAAAUGUCUUCCUGGUGCUGGCUGUGUUCUUUGUGUGCUUCGUGCCGUUCCACUUCUCCCGCGUACCGUACACCCUGAGCCAGACGAGGGUACACAUGUUUGACUGCAACCUCAAGCUGUUCUUCUUCCAGCUGAAGGAGAGUACACUCUGGCUGUCCUCCCUCAACUCCCUCCUGGACCCUCUCAUCUACUUCUUCCUCUGUAAGUCCUUCAGAACCACCCUGUUCAAGACCCUCCGUCUCCCACCUGGGACCUGCAGCUGGCUCACUGGGAGAGAGUCCGAUCCCAACACAGCGGAGGAUCAGACCCAAACACAGGAGACUCCCCUGGGAGACACAUCUAUUAUGUAAUCUAUCUGUAUUUAGGUAAUAGGUAACUAAAACUCUAUGUUCUAUCUAUGUAUCGUGAAGAUCUGAUGAAUGUUUCACAGAGGAUCAUACUGCCCUCUCCUGGAAGGUUGACUAAACUGAACUGUGUGUUCAUUAAAAUGCCUGGGCAAUGGGAACAAUCAAUGUAAACUUCCAAUGAGAAACAAUAUUUUAGCCAGUGAUGAUUAUGAUAAUAUGCAGAGCAGCUGUUCCAGUACAGCAAUAAUAGCUCUAUGUUUGUUACACCAGUCUGAUACACCAGUCUGAUACACCAGUCUGAUACACCAGUCUGAUACACCAGUCUAAUACACCAGUCUGAUACACCAGUCUGAUACACCAGUCUGUUACGCCAGUCUGAUACACCAGUCUGAUACACCAGUCUGAUACACCAGUCUGUUACACCAGUCUGAUACACCAGUCUGAUACACCAGUCUGUUGCGCCAGUCUGUUACACCAGUCUGAUACACCAGUCUGUUACACCAGUCUGAUACACCAGUCUGAUACACCAGUCUGAUACACCAGUCUGUUACACCAGUCUGUUACAGUCAGUAGAAUGUUAUAACACCCUCUAAACAUCACCGUAACCUCAUGCCAAGGAACUCACCCUGUCUUUCUCGUAACAGCUUAGUUCCCUACACUGGCAUUCUGCUUUGACUUCAUCACUGUUUUGGCCUAGGAACUGAAAUAAGAGACAUACGUACUUCCCCUGUAAUUAUGUAUAACCAUGGCACAGUACUUAUGCCUGUCAUGUACAGGAUAGAGUCAGCAAAACGUUCUUUACAGCAUAAAAAUGUGACAUGUGAUUGUUUUUUCUCUUCUAUUAAAUUAUUCAUGUAUAUAAAAACCAUUCUUCAACACAUCAAUACGAUAUCUAAGGGAUAAAUCUCCUGAUUUCAGACGAUUAACUGAAAGCUAGCCGUUCUGUAUGUCAGACAUUAUACAACCUAUUUAACAGAUGGUCUAUGGGGAGGUGAGAGGGUGUAGCCUGUUGCUGCAGGGGCGGAUUGGCCAUCUGGCAAUUUUGGCAAAUGCCAGAUGGGGAGGACAAUUUUUGUUGUUGGGUGUGCUGGUAGAAAUUGACACACGCUCAAAAAAAAUAAUAAAAUAUAUAUAUAUAUAUAUAUAUAUACACACGUUUUAAAAUGUGACAUGGCCAGCGGCCCAUGUGCCUGAUAAGAUGUUUUUUUUAGGUUUUAUACUAAUCUACAGGUAACUGCCCAAAUGAUGGAAACACUUGAGUACAUGAGGGAUACAAAUUAUAUCAAAAGCCGGUGCUUCCACACAGGUGUGGUUCCUGAGUUAACUAAGCAAUUAGUGUCCGAUCAUGCUGAGCAGGCCAUUAUUUUGGCUAUUAUUUUGGCUACCAUGGGAAUGACGCAAUAAGAUGACCAAUGCCAUCAUGCAUAGGGAACAAGUGGUCACUGAAUGGUUUGAUGAGAAUAAAAACUAUUUCAACCAUAUGCCAUGGCCGUCUCAGUCACCAGAUCUCAACCCAAUUGAACACUUCUGGAGCAGCGUUUCCAACCAUCAUCAACAAAACACCAAAUGAUGGAAUCCCUUGUGAAAGAAUGGUGUUGCAUCCCUCCAAUACAGUUCCAGACACGUCAAGGUGCAUUGAAACUGUUCUGACUCGUUGUGGCCCAAUGCCCUAUUGAUGCCCUAUACAGAUUUCUUUGUAUUAUCAUUUACCAGGUCUGUUGUGUUAUAUUCUCCUACAUUCCAAACUUCAAAGAAUUUCCUUUCAAAUGGUACCAAGAAUUUGCAUAUCCUUGCUUCAGGGCCUGAGUUACAGGCAGUUAGAUUUGGGUAUGUCAUGUUAGGUGAAAAUUGAAAAAAGGGACAAAUCCUUAAGAGGUUUUUAUAAGAAUUUAAGCUUUCUGCUAAUAUCAGAAAUGUCUAUGUCCUGGGAAACAUUCUUGUUACUUACAAUCUCAUGCUUAUCGCAUUAGCCUACAUUAGCUCAACCGUCCCGCAGGAGACCAGGCAAUCCUGAAGAAGUUAUUAAAGAACCAGGCUCAUCAAAUAGGUACUAGUACUCUGGUGAGCCGCACGGGGAUUUCUCGCACCCCUGUCCAAACUACCCUGUUGUGGGGUGACCGGUCCAAAUCUUUCCAGGUGCUCAUAGACUCUGGCUCAUAGACUCUGGGGCAAACAAGAGCUUUAUGGACACUACCCUGGUUUCGGAGCUGGGAAUCCCCACACAACCCCUCUCCAUUCCCAAGGACGUCAAAGCAUUGGAUGGGCACUCUAUUGGCAUCGUCACCCAACACGUCCUCGACCGGAACCCAGCAUCUUUCCUCCGGACCGUACCCUCCCACUCCAUGAGAUACUGAAGGCCCCUCGCCCGACGCCUCGACGCCUCGAAUCCAGUAUGGAGCGAACAGAGUACGCCGGGGCCCCAUCGAUGUCCAGAGGGGGCGGAGGAACCUCUCGCACCUCAGACUCCUGGAGCGGGCCAGCCACCACCGGCCUGAGGAGAGACACAUGGAACGAGGGGUUAAUACGGUAAUCGGGUGGAAGUAACCUAUAACAAACCUCGUUCACCCUCCUCAGGACUUUAAAUGGGUCCACAAACCGCGGACCCAGCUUCCGGCAGGGCAGGCGGAGGGGCAGGUUUCGGGUCGAGAGCCUGACCUGGUCCCCCGGGACCUCACUGCGGUGGCGAUCUGCGUUCUCCUUUUGGCGCAGCAUGGCCAGCUGAAGGUGAACAUGGACAGCCUCCCAUGUCUCCUCUGCGCACCUGAACCAGUCGUCUACGGCAUGAACCUCGGUCUGACUCUGAUGCCAAGGCGCCAGAACCGGCUGGUACCCCAGUACGCACUGAAAGGGAGAGAGGUUAGAGGAAGAGUGACUAAAAGCCCUGUCUACCUCAGCUGACCACUGCAUGCGCACUGGGCCCCCUUCAGCAGUGAGGUAAUGGGAGCCGCUACCUGACCAAAACCCUGGAUAAACCUCCGGUAGUAGUUGGCAAACCCUAAGAACCACUGCACCUCCUUUACCGUGGUGGGAGUCGGCCAAUUACGCACAGCUGAAAUGCGGUCACUCUCCAUCUCCACCCCUGAGGUGGAAACGCGAUACCCUAGGAAGGAGAUGGACUGCUGGCAGAACAGGCAUUUCUCAGACUUGACGUAUAGGUCAUGCUCCAACAGGCGACCAAGCACAAUGCGCCCCAGGGACACAUGCUCGGCACGUGUAGCGGAGUAUAUCAGAAUGUCAUCCAUAUACACCACUACACUCUGCCCGUGCAGGUCCUUGAAAAUCUCGUCUACAAAAACUUGGAAGACUGAUGGCGCAUUCAUCAACCCUUACGGCAUGACGAGGUACUCAUAGUGCCCUGAGGUGGUACUGAAAGCUGUCUUCCACUCAUCUCCAUGGAUCGGCGAUGGGUAGAAGGCUGGCGACGCCGACCGCCGAACGUCGCCCGAACAAGGAGAGGGACCGACUUCGGCGGAAUGGGCUCAUUCUUCUUGACUGGCCUGCGUAGUAUGGCUGUCCACUCAGGAUCUGCCCCUCUGGGUAGAGUCCUGCAAACUGUAUCCCCAUUUAAUUGGUCCUUUCCCCAUCUCCAAGAUUCUUAGCCCCUCUGCUGUUCAUCUUCUGUUGCCCCAUAAACAUCCCACCUUUCAUGUGUCUAGGACUAAACCUAUGUCUCACAGCCUUUUGUCUCAUGUUUCCAGGCCCACCCCUCUUCCCCGUCUCAUCGAUGGCCAACCGGCAUACACGGUGAAGCGCUUCCUGAACGUUUGGCCACGGGGCAGGGGAUUCCAGUACCUGGUUGACUGGGAGGGUUAUGGCUCGGAGGAGAGGUGCUGGGUCCCCGCUAGGAACAUCCUGGACCCAGCCCUCAUCACUGCAUACCAUCGUCGGGACCCUGGUCAACCAAGUAUGCACCCAGGUAGAACACUGGAGGGUGUCAAACCCUGAUCUGUUUCACCUGUCGUUGUGCUCAUCUCCACCCCCAUGCAGGUGUUGCCCAUCUGCCCCAUUAUCCCCUGUGUAUUUAUACAUGUGUUCUCUGUUUGUCUGUUGCCAGUUCGUCUUGUCUUGUCAAGUCUUACCAGCUUGCUUAUCCAUCUUCCUGUUCCUCAAGUCCUGUUUCCUAGUUUUGCCCAGUUUUGCCCCCUAUGCCUGCCCUGGCCCGAGCCUGCCUGCCGCCCUGUACCUGCCUGACUCUGACCUGACUACGAACCUCUGCCCACCCUGACCCCGAGCCUGCCUGCCGUCCUGUACCUGCCUGACUCUGACCUGAUUACGAACCUCUGCCCACCCUGACCCCGAGGCUGCCUGCCGCCCUGUACCUGCCUGACUCUGACCUGAUCACAAACCUCUGCCUGUCCUCAUUCUGCCCUUUGCCCCUUGUUUAUAAUAAAUGAUCUGAGAACUGUACUAUCUGCCUCCGGUGUCUACAUCUGGGUCAUAUCCUGAGUCAUGAUAAUAUAGACAUAAUAUGACAUUUGAAAUGUCUUUGUUCUGUUUACUGUAAAUUUUUUAUUGCUUAUUUCACUUUUGUUUAUUAUCUACCUCACUUGCUAUGGCAAUGUUAACAUGUGUUUCUCAUAUCAAUAAAGUCCUUCAAUUGAAA